UUUUUUUUUUUUUUACAUCAUCCCUAACUGACAGCAAGCUGGGACUUUGCUCAUUGUACGUACUGUCUUGGGGUAAGGCUCCUUUGGGGCACCCCAGCCUGCUACCAAAAUGAAGUUCUGGCUCUUUUUCACCCUGAUUCUUGUCCAUGAAGCUCUACAAAAUGCACUUGGUCAACCUGCAGCUAAAGGUAAAAGGCCAAAAGAACCAGCAGAGAAUAAGAUUAAACCAGGGAUAAAGAAACUGAAACCAAAAGUUACUAAAUUAAAGGAAUCCACAGAACCCUUCACCAAAGUGCAAUCCAUCAUGACCCAAGUCAUGGACAAAGGCCGUUUCCAGAAACCCCCACCUAUGCUUACUAUGUCUGCAGGGCAGAACGUGGAGCUGAGAUGUAAAGGAGACAAAAUAGCAUGGAGCUACCCAGAAUAUCUGGACACAUUUAAAGACUCCAGACUAAGCAUCAAACAGCUUGACAGAUAUGGACAGCUGAUUCUGAUAAACUCCUCUGCAACGGACACUGGGGAGUUCACCUGCUGGUCUCAGCUCUGUGACAGAUUGGGCUGCAAGAAGGAUGAAUCCAAAACUGGCUCUACGUACAUUUUUUUCACAGAUAAAGGCGAACUAUUUGUGCCAUCUUCCACUUACUUUGAGAUUGUCUACCUGCACCCAGAUAAGCCAGCCAUCAUUCCAUGCCGAGUGACCACUGCGUCUGCCAAAGUAACCCUACACAGGGAGUUCCCGGCUGAGGAGAUCAAGGCUGAUGGCACAGAGAUUACCUAUGAUGUGAAAAAAGGUUUUGUGUACCAACAUCCUACUGUCAACCAAAGUGGAGUGGUUUAUUGCCGAGCAGAGGCCCGAGGGGCACCACAAAUAUCUAUCAAAUACCAGCUACUUUAUGUAGAAGUUCCAAGUGGUCCACCAUCUGCAACUAUUACUUCCUCUGCCAACAAGGUUCAUAGCGGAGGGGACUUCAGCAUCUACUGCACCGUCCUAGGAGAGCCCAAUGUAGAAGUAGAAUUCACAUGGAUCUACCCAGGACAAGAAUAUCAAAGGCCUGUGACUAUCCAAGACUCCUGGAGGCUGGUUAACCGUGGCAUUGGACACACCACAAGAGUCUCAAAAAGCAUAAUAACCGUGGAAGACUUUGAAACCAUUGAUGCCGGAUACUACAUUUGCAGAGCACAGAACCUUCGAGGACAGACAUCACUUGCUACCAGAGUAGACAGAUAUUAGACACAUUCCAUCCCAGACAAUAUUGCUCUACAGGCAAAGCUUAUUGUAUUUCUUGCACAAAUAUGUUACCAGCAAGACAAUUUCCAUUCAUUCAUGGUUUCCUCAUAUACAGAACAUUAUAUAACAUCCUACAUGUGGGACAUACUGGACUAAGAAGACUCUUCCUUGCCAAACGUUGGGAUGUAAUUCUUAGGCCCUAAUUAUCAUAACAGUAAAUAAUCAUGAAGAUAGAUAAUUAUCUGUAUUCAGUCAAAUACAUUACUGUAUAGCAUUCCAUUUAAUCAUGGUUCAUAUAAAAAUGCAAAAUAAAUACUUAUUAUUUUUCACUAUAGAGCCCUCUAGCUUUAAGCCAGACAUCAAAGUAUACUUAUUGAAUUGGCUUAAAGUAGAACUGUGGCCAGGUUAUGGACAUUGAAUACUUACUUAAGUAAAUGAGCUUUAAAGCAAGCCCUCAAUGACAUGUGUAGCUGCAGACAAUAUGAAGUAAUUCAUUCUCAAAUGUUAUUUUGUUUACUUUUUUAUGUUCUUUCAAUAGCUUGUUUUGAUCCUCCUCACCCCCAGUGUCCAAACAAGAAUUGCAGGAGCAGUCAUCCUCAGGACAGGACAGGAAAACACUCAAAAGUUUUAACCCUCCUUCACACUACUAAAAAAAAAGUGUCCUUGUUUGAGAGAUUUCUUCCUGUCCUACCAAGUAAGGAAAUCUUCCCAAAAGUGUGACAUAGACUCAAACCUUGCCCUACUGUAACCAAAAUGAAAUAAAAUGUUGUGGUUGGAGUUGAUCUUUAAAAUAAACCUGUCCUUAGGGAAAUCUGUAAACAUC